AUGGUCAAGCUCACAAUCGUCGAGGAUCGGCCUACACCCAAGGAGGUGUAUAACUGGCGCGUCUACUUUUUCGCGUCGAUGGCGUGCUGGGGUUCAGUCAUGAUCGGCUACGACUCCGCCUUCAUCGGCUCUGCGAUGGCGCUCAAGUCGUUCAAGGACGAGUUCAGUCUCUCCUCAAAGACAAAGACCGAGUUCAACUUCCUCUCUGCCAAUAUUGUCUCGUGUUACCAGGCCGGUUGCUUCUUCGGUGCGCUGUCGGGUUACUUUGUCGGCUACUACUUUGGUCGCAAGUGGGGCCUCUUCUUCGCCUCGCUCAUCUUCGUUGUCGGCUCAGUCCUCCAGAUUGUCGCCUCAGGCAAGACCGGCCUCGGUAUCAUGUACGCCGGUCGCAUCAUUGCUGGCUGGAGUGUUGGUGUCGCGUCCAACCUCACGCCCAUCUACAUUGCCGAGAUCUCGCCACCCGCUAUCCGUGGCCGCCUUAUCGGUCUCUACGAACUUGGUUGGCAGAUCGGUGCCGUCGUCGGCUUCUGGAUUGGUUACGGCGUCAACCAGCACAUUCCCUACGGCAACGUCCAGUGGCUCAUCCCCUUUGCGGUCCAGCUCAUCCCUGGUGGCAUGCUCGCGGUCGGCAUCCUCACCGUCAAGGAAAGCCCCCGCUGGCUCGCCUCGCGCGACCGCUUCGAUGCUGCCCUCGCCAACCUCGCCGUCAUCCGCAACCUGCCAGCUGAUCACACCUACGUCCAGGAAGAGAUGUUCGAGAUCAAGUCGGCAAUCGAGUACGACGAGGAGCGCGCUGGACACGGAAUCCUCGCCCCCAUGAAAACCCUCUUCGGUAACCGCUCGUACCUCAAGCGCCUCGGUCUCUGCAUUGCCCUCUUCGUCGGCCAGAACGUCACCGGUAUCAACGCCAUCAACUACUACUCGCCCACCGUCUUUGCGUCCAUUGGCGUGUCUGGCACCUCGACCUCGCUCCUCACCACCGGUGUAUUCGGCCUCCUCAAGUUUGCCGUCGCCAUCGUCUGGCUCCUCUGGCUGGUCGAUCGGUACGGCCGUAAGCUCCUCCUCAUCGUCGGCUCGGCGGGCGGCGCAAUCUGCAUGUACUGGAUCGGCAUCUACAUUGCCGUCGCCAAGCCCCAGGACAACCCCUCGGGCGGUCUCCACGGUGGCGGCAUCAGCGCAAUGGUCGCCUUCUACCUGUGGACCUGCUUCUACGGCCCCACCUGGAACGGUACUCCCUGGGUGUUCGGAGCCGAGACAAUGCCGACCUUUAUUCGUUCCGCAACUCAGGCUUUUAUUGCCGCUAGCAACUGGCUCUUUGCGUUCCUCAUCGCGCGCUUCACCCCGCAGAUGUUCGCGUCGAUGGGCUUUGGCGUCUACAUUUUCUUCGCGUCGCUCAUGGUCGCCUCCAUCCCCUUCGUGUACUUUUGCGUCCCCGAGACGUCCGGCAUCCCUCUCGAGUACAUGGACGAGCUCUUUGCUAUCUCGCCCCGCACCGCCCACUCUGUCCUCACUGAGCGCUUCCGCGCUGAGCAGAACGCGAGCCGCCGCUCAGUCGACGGCGGUAAGGGCAAUUCCGAGCACCGCGUUGAGCCUGUCCGCUCCAAGGACAGCACCGAUGUGUGA